AAAUCCAUCAUGAACUCCAUCUGCUUGAUCACUUCAUGGACUCCACACCGUAGCUUUGUGAUGGUGCUUUUUCAUAGCCGAUGUCUUUCUUCGAGUUUCUUAGCAGAAUCAUGUUUCCUUAUGGACUACCGACACCCCCAUAUGACAACCAUGACACUUUAUAACUGGUAGCUGAAUCAAGAUGAAACCACAACAAUGCAUCCGGUAGUUAAAGCCUAGAGCACCUGACAGAUGAAGGACAUAGCAAAUUGGAGAUCGUGGCAAACUUUUCUGGUAUAGGUCUUGCAUAGCCGAUGUUUCUCUCAAGCUUCCUCUCAGAAUCUUUACACCGCUGUAGUUUAUCAAAUCAAAUUUAUUUCCCCUACUUAAAUAACUUGGAAAUUUUGAAAGGUUUUCAAAUCAAAACAUAUCUUUACUCCUCAAAUGACUCUCUCACAGGGGCAUUGUGUUGCCUCUUUCCUUUCCAUUUCUAACAAGGCCUUUUGUGGAGCUCAGGGUAGGGAUGAAAAGAAAACCUAUUUUGUAAGGUCAAAACCUAGAUCUAACGGAGAAAAGUCAUAAAAUUAGAUUAAGAUGUGUAUAUGUGUGGAAUUUUUCUAGAUGGAACUUGUAUCCUGGAGAAGUUUGAAGGACACCUGGGCCAAGAACCGAACACAGUUCCAACACAGACAAAAGCGCAUGUCAGGAAAGAAAAUCUCGGCCCAAUUAGUGACAUCACAGUGCCAAAGUGACACGCAGCCACGCGUCCAUCCUGGCCCUCGCCAGGUUGCCAGCCACGCGUGCCACGAACAUCGACAGACGCUACAUUCGCCGCGCACUCCCAGCUUCGAAAACCGCGGCACUCCAUUAUUUCUACACAAAACCCGGAGACGUUCUCACCAGAUCUCCGGCUUUAAAAGGUUUGAAAACUGGGAGGAAGCGAGAAACGACCUGCCUGCCGGUGCCGAGCACGAAGCAAAAGUUUAAAAAUCGUCACGCACACCAACGUACGCAAUCCAAAUCGUGCAAGCAAGGAUGCCACGUCCCACGCACAGAAACGCCGAGCAUGUGGCCACUUUCUCGAGUUUCAGUGGCCUCGCACACCGUUCCGGCCGAGCACUUUCCCGUUCGGUGCGGGCCGCCGCUUUCCGCCGGUUCCCGUGGCAGCACUCGGGGCUUUCCGUGUGGUUCGCCUUCGCCACGCAACGCGGGAGGAAAGGGCAUUAAAAAGGGAGCGGAGCGGGCACCGAGGCGUGCGUGCGUCGGUUUCAUCGCGCACACACACGCAUGACUCUGCAACUCGUCUCGAGCCUCCCCGCGCGGUGCUCCCGUCUCGCCGUUCCCCGCCUCCGAAGCUCCUGCAAGCUCAGUCCGCGAGCGAGCAUGUCGUCGUCCUUCUCGUCGGUGCCGGAGGACGCGUCCAUGGAGACGGAGGCGCCCCACGCGCCCGUCACCCGGGAGCGGAGGCUCAACCCCAGCCUGCACGAGCAGCUUCCCAAGCCAUAUCUCGCGCGGGCUCUGGAGGCGGUGGACCCGAGCCACCCGCAGGGGACCAGGGGGCGCGACCCCCGCGGCCUGACCGUGCUUCAGCAGCACGCCGCCUUCUUCGACCGCAACGGCGACGGCAUCAUCUACCCCUGGGAGACGUUUCAAGGCCUCCGUGCCAUAGGGUGCGGGCUCCCAGUAUCGUUCUUCGGCUCUAUACUGAUCAACCUCCUCCUCACCUUUCCCACUCAGCAGGGUUGGUUGCCUUCCCCUUUGCUCCCCAUCCAUAUCAAGAACAUCUACAAGGGCAAGCAUGGGAGUGAUUCUGAAUCCUAUGAUACUGAAGGGAGGUUUGAUCCAUCAAAGUUCGAUGCUAUAUUUAGCAAGUAUGGCCGAACGCAUCCGGAUGCUUUGACGUUAGAGGAAUUGUUUUCCAUGCUUAAAGGAAACCGCAAUAUGUAUGAUUUCGUUGGCUGGGUCGCUGCAGCCGGUGAAUGGCUGUUACUCUACAGUGUGGCGAAGGAUAAGGAUGGCCUGUUGCAGCGGGAGACUGUCCGGGGCGCUUUCGAUGGGAGCCUAUUUGAGCGACUGCAAGACAACAAGAAAUCCUCCUGAGUCCGGAAUGAGCCCUAGGAUUGCCCAGCUCAAGAAAUAGGGCUGAGAGUACAAAGCUGGAACUUCGCCAUUGGACUGUGCUUAUAAAAGAAACGCUAAAGCAUUAUAGAAAAUAAGAACUUGUAUCGUGGAAACAUCAUUACCUUGUGUGCUUUGUUUAUGAUUUGUGUUGAACAAAUUUGUGUUGUCACGCCAUUUUCUCCUCCUUUCAUCUCACAAAAGAAAUGCCUUGUUUUUGCGAA